AUGGCGGCCAUUACUGAACAUACAGUCCAAUACUCCAAAGACCGCAGCAUUCACUAUUUAGCGGCUGGUCCCGUCGAUGGACCACUGAUAAUCUUCAUCCAUGGCUGGCCGGCUAGUGCUAUCACCUGGAAGCCCCAACUCGAUGCCUUUGGAGGGCUUGGCUUUCGCGCCGUCGCACCCGACAUGCCCGGCUAUGGCAGGUCGACGGCGCGCCGGGUGGGAAGUGACUACUCUCAAGAGGCCCUCGUGGAGGGCAUGAUGGCGCUGCUCCGCGAUACCGGCCGUGACGCCGCCGUGUGGGUCGGGCACGACUGGGGCGCCGGCGUCACCUCGUCGGUCGCUGCGCAGCAUCCCGAAGCCGUGACGGCCCUGGUGAACCUCUGCAUACCCUACAAAACCCUCGAGCUGGGCUGGGCUGGUCUCCUUCCGCUGGUGAACCGAGAGCUUUACCCCGCAGACCAGUACGAAUUUGGACAAUGGGACUACAUGAAGAACUACGAGGAGAACUUUGAAGAUACCGUGGCCUGGUUCGAGAAAGACAUUCCCGGAUUUUGCAAGGCCAUAAUGCAGCCCUCCAAGCAGCCAACUACGCGCUUUCACCCGCUUGCCCUAACCCGCAAGACGGGUUGGUACGGUGGACUACCCGCGCCUCCGAGCGUUGACAAGACGGGUCCGCCCAUGGUCACACCCGAUAUCCUUGAGCAGUACACCAAGGAUAUGGAGCUUACUGGAUAUUGGGGAGGCUCACACUACUAUAUGCACCACGAGGAGAAUGCGAAAUACAAUGCCAACGCGCCCAACGGGGGCAAGUUGCGACAGCCGGUGCUUUUCAUCCACGCAUCGUGGGAUCUCGUCUGCGACACCAAGAUGACCAGGUUUGCGGAGCCAAUGAGGAAGCAUUGCAGCAACUUGACCGAGGUCACAAUCGAAUCAGGGCAUUGGGUACAAUUCGAGAAACCUGGGGAGGUCAAUGCCGCCUUGUGCCGAUUCAUCAUUGAGUCGGUGCCCAGUGAGUGGCCUGGUUACUGGGACAGUGGGUAUGUCAAGAGAACUGCUGUCGUCUAA